CCCACGAGCAAGGCCAGGGAUGGAACCCACAAUCUAGUGGUUCCUAGUUGGAUUCAUUUCCAUUGCACCACAAUGGGAACUCCGCCACGUCCUGGCUUUUGAUCUGUGCUCUGCACGUCACCUGGACCAGGACACUGUGCUGGGUCCCCCCACUCAACUCCUCUGACGGGCUCAGAGCCAGCACCAUGGCCUUCCAAACAGCUCCCUGAGAGGUUCCACCCAGAAGUGGACAGGAAGUAGGAGAAAUCUUAUUUCUGCUUGCUUUUAUCUCAUCCUUUACAAGUUCUAUGGGUGUCGCUGGUAGAGGACUGUGUCUGCACGGUAACAGAGCAUAUAAUUUAUAAGUGGAUGUGUGUAUCUAUUACACUUACAUUCUGCCCUUUGCUGAAGAGGACGUGUAAUCAGAAGUGUGUGGAAAAGAUUGUCCUGGGGUCAGGAGUGAACCACUUAGCCAGCCCUUCACUCCCUGGCCUCUCCUGUCUUCCUGGCUUCAUCAUCUAUAUUCUCCUCCCCCCCCCAUGACGUCAUUGCCCCACCAAUACUCAACUUCCAGUUGCUGCAACAUGCCAGGCGCUUUCAUGCCUACAGCCCCGGCAGAGUCUUCUGUCCGCGGGCCCAUCCUUCCUUGAGCCCCUGCAAACUCAGAACAACCCGGCUUCUCUCUGAAGCUUCCCCUGAUGCUCACGACUCCCAGAGUGCUCUGUAGGCGCCUUAACCGCCUAGAUCUCCCAGUUGUGCUCAUCGGUUUAACUUGCCAGGGCGUUUGUCUAGACCGCAAGCCCCUUGAGGGCCAAGCCCAGGGCUUAGUCAUAUCCCCACCCAGAGCAGACUGAGGUCAAGAUACCCUGCCGCUGCCCACUGCCGGGGGAAAACCUGGGCCCAGUGAGGUUAAUCGGUCUUCACAAGGUCGGGUCUGCUGACCCUGCUAAUCAGCUUGAGCCUCCUAAUCCAUCGCCAGCAGGAACCUCGGGACAAAGGCAGUGGCUCGUGAGAGCUGGCAGGGGCCAUCUUGGCCUUCUUCUGCGCCUGGGUCUCAGAGGGGAUGGGGCAGCUGAGCCAUGUGCACCACCCUCUUCCUGCUCAGCACCUUGGCCAUGCUCUGGCGCCGCCGAUUCGCCAACCGGGUCCAACCAGAGUCCAGUGGAGUAGAUGGGGCAGUCUCGGGCAGCGGUUUGGAAACAGACCUCCAACCCUCAGGCAGGGAGAAGAGCCUCUGAAGUGAGCCCUCACCUCUUCAGGCAGAGCUCAGCCCCAGGGCCUGGGAUGGACUGGCAGUCUGUUUGCCAGGUUCCUGUCACUUCAUCCUUGGCAUUUCCAAGUUGCCCGUCUCCUUCCACGGAGGGGGAGGAAUUGUCAGACCAAGGUCGCCUCGCCGCCACCGCACCGGGGCCUGGCUCACAGCCCAGAUGCACGGCCACAAAGUGACACCCCUUUGCAGCCCUGUUCUGAGAGCCUGCCCAGGAGCACGUGCUGCCUCGCGGUGAGCUGACAAUGCGCAGAUCCCGUGUCAGGUGUGUGGACUGAGACAGCAGUGACAGGGACAGUACCCGCCCUGCCGUCGGUUCCAGAUCCGGCCUGGGAAGCGCGGUCGAGCCCCUGCCUCCUCACGUGACCUUCCUUUCUCUGGCCCUCCGGCUCCCCAUCUAACGGGCAUGCGCUGAACCCAGGCGGGCUGGCGCCGAGGCCCUAAAGGAAGGCUUCCGCCAAUCACGAGAGAGCACGGCUGAUGACGUGUGGAGGUGCUAACGAGGACUCGCAGCAUCUGCAGACAGCGACCGACCGUCUCCGUGCCAGGCGCCGGGGAUACAGACAUGAACUAAGACUUGCCGCCACAAACGACCAGAAGACUGAGCAAAACGUAAGGAACAGUCACUUGACAGCAGGCAGCACACAGGACGGUGACGUCACGCCUCAGCCUCACCUCAGAUGGUUCCCCGCCCGGGUUCUGGGGAGGGGGAACCACGGCGGUCUCCCCCAGGUGAGGAGGCCUCGUCGGAGCUCAGGGCAGUGUUCCAGAGGACACAGACCAAUGGGAUCCAAAGCCAGACAUGACAAAGGCGAGUCAAGGGAAACUCCUUUCCACCGAAGACACAAAGCACCGACCGCCAAAGCGAAAUGGACAAGCUGCAAUUGAUCGAGAUUGGAAAGACGGAGAAAAUAUCUCCCAGGCAAAUACCUGAGAAAGGAUCCGCAUGCAGACGAUACAGACAGCUUUUACAAUUCAGUAAGACAGGCCCAUUAAAAUAAGGGGGGGGGGGUUUAAUACGUUGAUUCACAAGAAAGUAUCCAUAGGAGCAAUAAACAGAGAAGGAUGCUCAGCAUCGCGGUCGGUAGGAGAUGCCGAUUAAAAGCACCAUGAGAUACUACUGCACACCUGCCUGAAUGGCUGACGUUAAAGACAGACCACAGCAGGCGCUGGAGAGGGUGCUGAGCGCGUGUAACUCUGUAACACGUUGCUGGAGGAGUAGAAGUGUCACAACCAUCGGGGAAACCAGUUUGGCAGUUUCCCUUGAAGUCAUCCAAGAGGAAUGGAAACUUAAGUCCACGGAAACAUUUGUACAAAAAUAUUCACAGCAGCAGCUUUAUUAAUCAUAGUUCCAAACUGGAAACAACCUGAAAGUCCACCAACAUGCGAAUGGGUACAAAUAUUGCGGUAUAGUCAUAGGAUGGAAUAAUAGUCAGCAGUUAAAAAGGAAAAUGAACCACUGAUGUGGGCUGCCACGCGGGGAACUGAGAGAAGCCAGACACAAGAGUCCCUUUUUAUGAAGUUCUAGAAUGGGCAAAUCUACGGUGACAGAAAGCAGAUCAGUGGUUGCCUGGGGCCAGGGUUGGGUGGAGACUGGGGGUCAACGGGUCGGGAAGAUCCCUGGGUGAUGAAAAUGUUUUAAAUCAUGGUGGGGUUGUGGUCGCACAGGUUUAUACCUUAAUUGGACUACUGAACUGUACACUGUACAUUUUAAACAGAUGUAUUUUGGAGUCCCCAUCGUGGCGCAGUGGUUAACUAAACCUGACUAGUAUCCAUGAGGAUGCAGGUUCGAUUCCUGGCCUUGUUCAGUGGGUUAAGGAUUUGCUGCUGCCAUGAGCU